UUCAUGCACAGGUCAUUGUGAUUGCGUUUAAAUGUUCCUAUUUGAUCAUGUGAGCGAUCUGCCUCUAGGAUGUAGGCCAUCAUCUACUAUUGUUUAAUAGUGUGAACUGACCAUCUCCUCUUUCAACACAACUCCUGGAGACCUGCCAGCGAAAAGACUGAGAAAAGGUGUGAUGCCAGUUGGACUGAGACACGGGAUUUACACUAUACUUGCCUGCCUGUUAUGUGGUGUAACUUUACAUUUGGGUUCUUGUUUAGACAAUGAAUGGUUGGCAUGAGUGCCAAGAAGAGAUCAACCAGUUUCUUAGAAACACAUGAGUGUUUCGACAAGGUAGACGGUAGGGAUCAGUUUGGCUGUAAUUUAAUCCCUCAUUUGAUGUGACUCAGCGGGUUUAUGAGACGGACAUAUAUUUGCGCUCUGGGGUUUGGCCCACUGGCUGACACUGGCAUCUAACAGGUCCAUUCUCGGAGAGGCUGCACACUGGAGCUUGUGCGUAACCACUGAGCCGGACCUCCAAGAUCGAGUUUAUGUUUGGCAUUCGUCGUAUCCGCCUGAUUCAACGCUCCGUGGAAACGCGCCUGGUCUCCCUCUAAUGCACUUAUAGCGCACAAAACUUUGCUCCCCCCCCCCCGGCUUCUCACACCGUUGCAGUUUUGCACAUUUAACUAGAUUUUGGAGCACAGCGGCCUCAACACUAUGUCCCCGAACAAGUAUUGCCAAAGCUCCUCUUCCUCCUCAUCCUCCAGCUCCAUCCGGGACAAAAAGAUAUUUGCCAAACUAAAGCUCAACCUGUCUGGAGACUAUCCAAGGAAGAACGCGGAGCUGCUCAGCGCUCAGUAUGGGAUCAACCUGCUGCUGAUCGGGGUGGCGCUGAUGCUGGCCAUUGCGCACCAUCACCCCUCCGUUAAAGAGAAGGACCUGCUGUCCUUCACCACCGGCCUCAUGAUACUGCAACUGAUCUGGAUGAUGUGGUAUAUCCUGGUGCGGUACAGCCAGAAGAACGCACGGGCAGAGAGGGAUGUCAACGCCACUACAUGCUGGAUAAGAGGUGGUUUAACUCUGCUGGCUGUCCUCUCAUUGAUCAUGGAUGCCUUGAAAAUUGGAUACUUUGUCGGAUAUCAAUCAUGUUUGUCAGCAGUGCUCGCUGUAUAUCCUGUCAUCCAUGCAACACAUACAAUAGCACAGGUACAUUUUCUUUGGUUCCACAUCAAGGACGUGAUCAAGAGCUUUGAGACAUUUGAAAGGUUUGGAGUGAUUCAUGCAGUCUUUACCAACCUCCUCCUGUGGUGUAACGGUGUGAUGUCAGAGACCGAGCACUUCAUGCACAGCCACUUUAAACGAAUCUCCAACUUGGAAUUUGAAAAUAUCACUGAAGAGAAGUCAGAGCCACCUUGCAACUGUACAACGAACACAUGCUCCCUGUUCUCCAAAAGCUUCACUUAUCUAUUCCCUUUCAACAUUGAAUACCACAUCUUUGUGUCUGCUCUGCUUUUCGUCAUGUGGAAGAACAUCGGGCGCACCAUUGAUAUGUCCUCCAACAGAAAAAGUCUGGUCACCAAAACACAGGGAUUGAUCUUGGGCCCCAUACUGGGUCUCCUUGCACUCGUCAGCACUAUUGGAAUACUGGUGGUCUACAUUACACGUGUAGAAGGCUCCCCGGAAAUACGGCAGUCAUCCAUUUCUAUGUUCUACAUUUAUGGUAUUGUUAUGCUGGCUGUCAUGUGUUCUGCUGGGGCUUUAGGUCUGGUCAUAUACCGAGCAAACCACAUGCCGUUUGACGCAUCAAAGAACCCUUCAAGACAGCUUGACACAGAGCUUCUGUUUGGAUCCUCUCUUGGCUCCUGGUUCAUGUCCUGGUGCAGCAUUGUGUCAGUUUUCAGCAGCCACAGUGAGCCUCCAUACCGCUGGACAAACCUAAUUUAUUCCCUCCUAGUUAUUCUUGAGAAGUCCGUCCAAAACCUCUUCAUCAUUGAGUCCCUUUAUCGCGAGCAAGAGAGUGCUGAGAGGGCAGACCCAGAGCUGCCCGCUGCUCCGGAAGUGUUCUCAGUGUCCUCACUUCUGCCUCCUCUCAACGGUAUCAUCAACCAGGCUUAUGAGUCUCCAGGCGGGAGCAGUGGUUCCAUGGUGAACGAGCAGGAGGAGAAUGGACAGGUGUACGGAUGUCGGCGAAAGCAGUCGGAUGUGCCGCUGCCUGUAGACACUCAGGUUGUGGAACCCCUAAAUGUGAAGAGGCUGGUGCUGAAGAACAUUGCUGUUCUACUGUUAUUGUGCAAUAUUUCGCUGUGGAUUCUUCCCGCCUUUGGCUGCAGGCCACAGUACGACAACGGGUUAGAAGAGGAGACGUUUGGCUUCACCUCUUGGACCACAGUUCUCAAUUUUGCCAUUCCUCUGAACCUUUUCUAUCGCAUGCACUCUGUGGCCUCCCUGUUCGAGGUGUUCCGUCGAGUCUGACCAAAGAGUCGGUGAAUGGUUCUGACAAGGUGCACAGAAAUUCUUGCCUGUAGAAGCCUAUGCAGGUUCGCUGUCCUGGAGGCCAUCAGGGUCCCUCCUGCAGCAGACCUGAACUUAAUCCAUUGAGACAAAAUACACUUUUGAGAGAAACCAUUUAGCCUGUGCUCCUUGAAGAAUAACUGAAAGCUUUUUAUACAAGCUUAUGGGGGAAAAUAUAGACAUUCUGCUAUUUUUGGGGGACCCUUUUGUAUUUUCUUGUACUCUGUUCUCCCCAUUUUUUAGACUGGGUUACCAUUUAACAUAUAGACCUGAAUGAUUAAUCUGGAAUGAAGAUUAAAUAUUUUCAUAACUGUGACUCCAGAUUAUAUACUGUUGACUGAAUCUGAAAGUUAACAGUAUACCAACUGUAUAUAAUGUAAAUGGUAAAAGUUCUCACUUCUCUAUAUUUAAAGUAAAGAUAGAGUAGUGGAACAUAAAAUAUAGUAGAACUAUAUUAUAAUCUCAUUGCUAUAUUUUUAGGUUUUGUUUUAUUUGAACUUAAGUUCUCAGAAGUAGCUCCUUUGACUCUUAGCGAGGGCAUCAGAGUGCUUAUACACUUACAUUUUUACCUGUAGAGCUGAUUAAAAGCUAUACUCAAAUAUAUUCCUGUUUCCCUGUGAGAAGGUACGAUGUAUGUUAACAUGCAUAAGGAUGGGCACUUUUUAAAUUCUCUACUAGCAAAUAUUAUUACCGCCAUUACCAGUCACCAGAGAUGAAUGUUUACCCCUGAUGGAAAUGCAAUACAAUCAAUCACAGUCUGUGACAGAACUUUGCACUAAUGACAUUUUUUUCUUACAUUUGCUGAAGGCUUUAUUCAGGUGUCCAAAUAAGUUCUCAGUCUGGUGCUAUCCUCCCUCUGGGAUUCAAUAUGUGCCAAGUUGUGGGAAACAAACAAAAAAAAAUGUAUUUUUUGUGCUUUUAGCUUGUUGCUCUAGGGUUGUGGGUACUAAAGCUUUAAUCAAAUUCCCUUCAGAUACUGAUAUCAUUGUGUUCUUAUAAGAAAUUAUGUGUAUAAAUAUGAAAUUGUGUGUAUAUUUCCUGUUGAUAUAAAAAUAUUUUCCUUUUUAAAACUUAAAGACUUAUUGUGCAUCCAUUAUCUUUAGUUUUACACAGUGCAUCAUAAGUAUUCAUCUAAUUUGAAAAUGUAUUUGUUACAUUGAAAACCAUAAACAUG